UGCCUCUGGGGGGCCCCCCAAGGCAGUGGGGCCCCCAGACAACUGUCUCCCCCUGCCCUAUCGUUGUUACGCGCCUGUCUGAUAGAGACCCCCUGCCUGCGUCCUUGGAGAAGCUGCUACCAGUCUGUGUAGACAAUACUGAACUAGAUGGACCAAUGGUCUGACUUGGUAUUGCUUCUACUCAUCAUUGGGUCAAGUCUCAGAUGUCAUCCCAUUACAUCCCAAGUGAUUAAGAAGAUGCUUUCCAAGAGUUCACCCUUGCCCACAUUCUCAUAAUGAAGGUGAUAUGAGAACCAGAAGUGCAUAUGUGUAUGGUUGUUACAUGGUCACAACACUUCUAUUUGGAUCCUCUAUGAACACAUGUAACUGGACAACUGGGCAACCAUCAAACAUUGAGAGAACAAGGAUGUUCUCCCCUCCUCCUGCGCCAUGCUGAUUACCAGCUAUGCCUGCAGCAGCAGCACUACUACCACUACCAAGACUCAAGAAAGAGAAGAAAGCCAUGCCGGAGGUGAUGCCUCCAGUCCUGAGGUGCUUAUAUGUGUGGAUCAAAAGAAGGAGGAAGCUAUGCCUUCGGAAGGAGAGAAAUCUCCUGAGGCAGAAAACAACAACAAUAAGAAAAGUAAAGCUGGAGCCUCUCAGGAUUCUCAACCUUCACCUCUGGCUCUGCUGGCAGCAACUUGCAGCAAAAUAGGGACCCCUGGUGAGAAUCAAGCAACUGGACAACAGAUUAUUAUAGAUCCAAGUCAAGGUUUGGUGCAGCUUCAAAAUCAACCACAGCAAUUAGAGUUAGUAACUACUCAGCUUGCUGGGAAUGCUUGGCAGCUUGUUGCUGCUACUGCUCCUCCUGCUUCAAAAGAGAAUAAUGUCCAGCAAGCAUCCUCUGUUGCUUCAAGUGCAGCAAGUCCCUCCAGCAGCAACAAUGGAAAUGCAUCUCCUUCAAAAACAAAACCAAGCAAUUCUUCUGGAGCAACUCCAGGACAAUUUCAAGUCAUACAAGUACAGAAUCCAGGUGGUAGUGUUCAGUACCAAGUGAUUCCACAGAUACAGACAACGGAAGGUCAACAAAUUCAGAUAAAUCCUACUAAUGCCACAGCUCUGCAAGAUUUACAGGGUCAAAUUCAGCUCAUCCCUGCAGGGAAUAAUCAAGCUAUUAUUACAACUACAAAUAGGACAGCUUCUGGGAAUAUUAUUGCUCAGAACUUGGCAAAUCAAACUGUUCCAGUCCAGAUUAGGCCUGGUGUUUCCAUUCCAUUGCAGCUGCCUAUUGCUGGUCCUCAGGCACAAGUUGUAACAUCAUUGCCUAUAAACAUUGGGGGAGUGACUCUAGCAUUACCUGUAAUAAAUGUUGCCACUGGUGGUAGUUCUGGACAGGUUACCCAACCCACUGAUAGUGGAGUUUCCAAUGGAAAUCAGCUACUAUCAACACCUGUCACAACAGCGGCUGUUAGUACUAUGCCAGAUUCUCCUUCGUCUUCUUCCACUUGCACAACUACUGCCUCCACAUUGCUAACAAGUAGUGAAAAUUUAAGUACUGCAGAAACGGGCCAGUAUGCAAGCACAGCAAACAGUUCUGAGCCUACUAAUGAGGAACCUCAAACAACCACAUCGGAGACAGACACUCAGAGCUCUAGUCAGCUUCAAUCUAAUGGACUACAAAAUGUGCAGGAUCAGUCAAACUCGCUGCAGCAGGUGCAAAUAGUAAGUCAGCCUAUUCUGCAGCAGAUUCAGAUCCAACAACCACAGCAGCAGAUCAUUCAGGCUAUUUCUCCACAGUCUUUUCAGCUUCAGUCAGGACAAACUAUUCAGACCAUUCAGCAACAGCCUUUGCAAAAUGUUCAACUGCAAGCGGUGAGUCCAACUCAAGUGCUCAUAAGAGCACCAACUUUAACCCCAUCAGGACAGAUCAGCUGGCAGACAGUGCAGGUCCAGAAUCUUCAAAGCCUUUCCAAUCUUCAAGUUCAAAAUGCUGGGUUACCUCAGCAACUAACUAUUACCCCAGUAUCUUCAAGUGGUGGUACUAUAGCUCAAAUAGCACCAGUAGCUGUUGCUGGUACACCAAUAACGUUAAAUGCUGCCCAGAUUGCAUCAGUGCCUAAUCUUCAGACAGUAAGCGUAGCCAACUUGAGUGCUGCAGGUGUUCAAGUGCAAGGAGUUCCCGUCACCAUUACUAGUGUUGCAGGUCAACAACAAGGACAGGAUGGAGGAGUGAAAGUGCAGCAAGCCACAAUAGCUCCUGUAACUGUAGCAGUAGGAGGCCUUGCUAAUGCAGCAAUUGGUGCUGUUAGUCCUGAUCAGAUAACUCAGGUGCAGUUGCAACAAGCCCAGCAAGCUUCUGAUCAAGAAGUGCAGCCUGGCAAAAGGUUAAGAAGAGUUGCUUGUUCGUGCCCUAAUUGCAGAGAAGGAGAAGGAAGAGGCAGUAAUGAACCAGGAAAAAAGAAACAACACAUCUGCCAUAUUGAAGGUUGUGGGAAAGUAUAUGGGAAAACAUCUCAUCUCCGGGCACACCUUCGCUGGCAUACUGGAGAAAGGCCAUUUGUAUGCAAUUGGAUCUUCUGUGGGAAAAGAUUUACAAGAAGUGAUGAACUUCAAAGACAUAGGCGAACUCACACAGGUGAGAAAAGAUUUGAAUGCCCAGAGUGUUCUAAAAGAUUUAUGCGAAGUGACCAUCUCUCCAAGCAUGUGAAAACCCAUCAGAACAAGAAGGGUGGAGGAACAGCCCUCGCUAUUGUUACCUCUGGUGAAUUGGACUCUUCAGUUACUGAGGUUCUUGGAUCUCCAAGGAUUGUCACAGUUGCAGCAAUUUCUCAAGAUUCAAACCCAGCAACUCCUACUGUUUCAACAAACAUGGAGGAAUUUUGAAGGAACAUUAUAUAAAUGCCUAGAGCUGCACUUAAGUUUACAUACCUUUCAAGAUACGGAAGUGGGCUGUUAAAAGUGUAUUACAGAGCAGGAAAUCAUGUAACCAGUCUUGAUUUCUGUAAGUAUUCCAAGUUGGACGAUUAGCACAGGAAGUGUACAUUGUACAACAAAACACAAUUUUCAAAAAUGAAAAUAUGACCAACUGUCAUGGAUAAAUUAUGGAUAAAACAGAUGAGGAAAAUAUUGCUUCCACACUGUACUGGUUUAUGUAGUUCUAUUUCACAUAAAGGAUUUUAAAUUGGAUUUCUUGUUCUCUUUUAACAUUAUAUGUUAAUGUUUGUUGUAGCAACAAACAAUACAAAUAUGCAACAGUGUGGCUGUUGGUUAGGUUUGUUUUCACAUGAAGGCCUCUGGUAUUUUCUUGGGAACUUUCUUUCUGCAAAAGGCUUAACAAAAUGCAUAAUAAUCUGGUGAAGAUUAAAACUGGAGGUUUUUUGUUUGUGGAAUAUAUAUAUAUUAUUUGGCCAUCUUUGCUCAGUUUUAAAAAAAUAAUUCAGAUGGCAGCAUGUGCAAUAUGGCUGCUUGUGGGUCUGAGGUACAUCUCAGAUAGUUUUGGCCACUACAUUAUAGUAGUGUGUAUAAAUGACAAUCAGUAAACACAGAUUAUUCUCUUUCUAGGAGAGAUAAGAGAUCUGUAGAGCCAGUAUAUACUGUAGCAAAUAUUGAAUCUUAGAAAUAUAUUGACUUAUGGUUUUAAUUAAUUUCUAUGUAAAAGUAAAAUAUGGGAACCUAUGUGACAAGUCCUAUAGCUUAUUUCAUCCCAUUUCAAGUUAGUUCAGUUACGAAACUUGUAACUUCAAUAUUUAAAUUUUACUAGAAUACUUGGAAAUGAUGGGAUGUAGGUUUUGUAGAGCUUAUGCACCACUGUCAGGUUUUUGUCAAUAUCAAAUAUUGUGUUUAACGUACUGAAUUCUUUAGACUUUGACAUAACAGCCAAAGAAAAGGAUGAAUAACUUCAACCAAAAGUGUAACUGAAUUAAUCUAUUUUUUCUGUCCCUAUGAAAAAUAAUGGCUGAGACCAAGAGCUAAUAUAGACCCACCCAAAAAUUCCAGUAAGAUUUUUGACUUUUUACAGCAGACAUUUUUUUGCCAUAUAACAAAACUGUUUUGGAAAGCCUUCUCCAUUUCAAAAUUGCCUUUCUGUGUGGCAUAGAGGGAACAGAACUAGUUGCAAGAAUUUGGGGUGGGGGGCGGGAUCUCAGCCAGAAUUUUACAUUUUCCCUCAAUUUUUCCUUUAGAUAGGCCUGUAAAGAGUUAUUUUCAGUAAUAUCUUAUUUGAUCAAUUUUGAUUCUUCAGGUACAAUACAUAUUAGAAAAAUAUAGUUGCUUUAUCUCAGUAGAGAUAAGUGAUCGUUGUUUUCAAUAUGUAUUUCUUUAAAACAGCACAGUUCAAAGAGUCCAGUUUAUUCUCUGUCCCUGAUCCAGCUCUGGUUACAGACAACUAGUUGGCCACAAUAGCUAGUGGCCCUCUGUAGGCAUUGUGCAUUCCCAUGUGCAUCAGAAAUGACACAAAGCCAAACUCUGGGGUCCAGAUGAACAUUACAAUGUGUGAGUAAGGAUGCACAUCCAUAUGAACACCUGCAUAUAUAUUGGCUACACGUGUGAAAAGUUGUUUGCAUGCAGUUCUCCCAUGCUGGACUGGAGUAUCUGCGUGCAAAUUUGAGUCCACAGCAGCAGUAUGGCCAAAUAUAUUUGGAUUUCUAAACAUUUCCCAUAGACAUAAACAUUACAUUUUGUAAAUCUACCUGACUGGAAAAUAUCACAUGACUGUCUGGUUUUUAUAUUUUUCCAUCAAAAUAUUUUGGUGGUUUUACUUCAAGUACAGUGCAAGAAGUUAACACUUUUCCUUUUAAAAUGAUCAUUUCUGUUGGGAGCUGUUUGAGCCUCUGAACAAAUACAUUUUUAUAUUCUUAUACAAGGAUCAGUUUUGUGGCAUUGCAUGCAUUUUUAAAGACAAAUAUCUAGUGAUAAUUGUUUGUACUGUGUACACUUUAGGGAUGCCCUGUGUAGUUAAAUAUGAAGCUGAAAGUCUUUUAUACUUUCAGUGUACAUAUAUAGCAAAGAAAACAAUUUUACACUGUGGUUAUAAAUUUCAAGUUUCUUAAACCUUUUGUAGAGACUUAAAAUUUUAAAUUUUAGUUGAAUUUUAAAAAUAUUAUUUUGUAUAUUUUAUUUAAAGGUUCUCAGCUGAUGUAUCUGGCUUUAAUACAUCAGAAAAUUAGAUUAUGCAUUUAAUUCAGAUGGCUAUUAGGUAAUGCUAAUUAAUUUUAUUGCAAUUGAACUGAAACAUCAAAUAUAUAUUUUAUCAUAAUGCUUCACAAUCAGUGCUAUAAAACUUAGUUUAGCAAAUUAAAUUUCCUUAUAGAAUCAUGUUUAAUUAGAAAUAUAACAUUUUUGUAAAUUGAAGGUGUGUACUCUGCACAACUGUUAGAUAUUUUUGCAUACUUAUGUAUGCAGAUAUGAAAUUGAAAUUAUUUUUUAAUCUGCAGCAAAUCCCUAUUACAAGUGUAUCAAAAUCUGAUUGCCAUAACAGAAUCUAAUAUAGAUUAAUCUAUAUUAGCAGGUGCACUUAUUACUCCUGGAAUUAGAAACAUUUUGAUAGUCUGUUCUGCAUACCAUUCUGAGUCCACUUUUCAGUCUUAGAAGGAUCGUAAAUUUCAGUGUCCUUUAUUUGACUCAGUGGGAUAUAACUGUUGUACGUAAUAGGGCACAGAUGUGCAGUAGUAGCUUGUUUAAAUGGUAUUUCCCUGUUCAUUCCCUUUGCAACCAUUAUAAAAUUUUGCUUUAUCGUAAUUAUCAGUGCAAAGUGUAUUUAUCAUGGUAGAGCUCCAGUGUUGGAAUAGUUCUUUUUUUUUUUUUGCUUUGUUCUUUCCUCUUUGGUUUUUCCUUUACAAUUUUCUUUCUUGGGAUAGGGUUGUGAAUGUGUUUCCUGAAUACAUUAGAAAUUGAUGUUAAGUCAUUAUUUAUCACACUGUUUCAUGAGAGAAGUAAUAAAAGUGUGUAAUCUAGGAGAAAAAAGUUUAUUUGUCAAACUUAGAUAAGCAUGAUGUUUGGGUCCUAUUUUUCAAUUUUAUAACUUUUAUUGCAACAAUAUUUGUAUUUAAGUCUCCAUUUCUAAUGCCUUGUGAUUUUUUUUUAAUGCAUGUCACUAAAUUGUCAUCACACACAAAUUGUUGUGCUGCAUAGGGUGUUAAAUCUACAUAAUGAUUUUGAAACAGAGAAAUAGUUGGUGGUAAAAUUGUAAAUGUUUUGCAGAAAAUCCUUAUAAAGAGUUUUGUAGUAAUAUUUCACUUGUACAUUUUUUUGUAAGAAAAUGAAAAGGAAAAAAAAAGAAAAGAAAAAGAGGAAGAAACACCCAUUCUGGAAUCUACAAAUUAAUUCUGCCAGCAAAGCCUCUAAGGCAUUAAUUUUUACUAUGCUAAUUUGUAUAAAUUUUGUGUGUUUUUGUGGAUUUGAAACUAAAACUGUGUAGACGUUGUUGCCUGCAAUAACAUUUUGCAAGUAACCUAUUAAAAUUCUUGAGUUUAAAUGUA